AUGGCCAGUCAUCUUGCCAUGUGGCCUCGCCUGCCAGGGCCAGGAGUUGGGAGCGUGCGAUGUUUCUUCACGUCCUCGCCAUGUCUCAAAUCAAGGUCAUGUUGGGGAAAUGGGAAGAGAAGGGCGAUUGUCCCCCGUCUUCCAGAAGGCAUGGACCCAAGAGGGCGUCACAACUGUGGCCCGAAGCAGUUCAUAGGCAAGACGCCGGAGCAGAUUGUGGAGAGAUUCAAGGAUCCAGCAACCUUUCCUUGGUACCAAGUUCCUCAGCCUUUGAGAGGGGAACGCUUUGAGGUGCUGUGGCAGAUGGCUCACCGCUGCGGCUAUCGCUCCGCCUUGCAGGCUGUUGAGCUGCAGCUGCUUCAGGCUGGGAAGUGCCCACUGCUUCAAACGCAGCAUAAGAUGAGGGCCCGCGAGCAGCACCUGAUACGGAGUGACGUUGGGGGCAGCAAGAACGGAGGACAGUUCAGCAAUGAUCUCGGAAAUGGGCUGGGUGGAGACCCUCUUUGCCAAAGUCUUUACCUCAGCGUCAGCUCGGACUGCUCGCGACCCGUCUUCGUGGACGAGGCUUUUUGGGAGACUGGUUGUGAUGCCAUGCAUGCGUCAGGCAACAACGAGCUGGGCAAAGGAGAGUCCAGCUGGGGCAGCUAUGGCCAUUCAGCACGGACACUUGGCGCGGACAAGACGUCCGGCCAGUGGAACUGUAGUGGUCUGUCCGGGAAGCAGGGCAUUGGCAACAAGUCAAGCGACUGGAGCCCUGGCCGUUGGUACUGGAAGACCGGCGAAGGGAAAAAGCCUGGGCAGUGGAUGCACAGAGGCAACACAUCUUGGAAAGAAGCGGGCACCGUGAGAAAUUGGAAGGGUGGCCAGUGGCACUGGGUGAAGAAGGUUGCUUGGGAUGCUGCUCAAUACGUUUUGAAAGUUGAGCUGGUGGGAGUUCUUCUGAUGGUGCUUCAUAUCCAAGGUCAUGGCUUUGUGCCAUCUGAUUCGGGCCAGUACAACUGCCAGUCUGAUGUGGUGCUGGGGCCGGCGAUGAACGCAACACGAAAAGGCCUGGCUGUGGAUGACACGACCCUUCGGUGGUGCUCAGGCUCCAUUCCUGCAACCUGGCCGAAUGCGGAUGCAACAGUCAGUGCACUUCGGUUGUUCAAGGCAUGGGAUCCCUCGUGGCAAGAUGAUCGGGAACUUGCGUGGCGCAACUUGAAGGCCUAUGUGGAUCAGACAGGAGCAAAGGUGCUGAUGGGCACCUCAAUCAGCUGUGUACCAGCAGAUGACGAGCAGAGUUGGCAGUGGACAAAGGGAUUAAUAGAGGUUUUGGGGCCAGAGCGUAUCAUGGGCUUGGCAAUAGGCAAUGAGCUGGAACUCCUGUUCACCAAGUUUGCCUUCUCAGACACUGUGGAUCAAGAAUGUAUUGAUACGCUCUGGGAGCGUGGAGGCUUCUGGGACAUUUUCACCAGAAUCAUAGAUGAGUUUGACUCCUUGGGGUACGGACACAUUCCAGUGACCUCCGUCUUUGGUGGCCUGGCUUUGGCUGGCAACUCAACUCACCCUUUCUUCGAGCAGGAGGGCAAAGCUCGUGUGAACUCGUUCUUCGUCAACGCCACGGCCAAGUUUGGAGACCGAUACGCGUUCACCUGGACAACAUACCCGUAUUUUGAUCCCAAUGAGCGCCUAGACGCUGGCACGACCGACGAGUGCGAGUUUGCUCGGAACCGCUCGCUUUGCUUCGAUAUUACCUGUGAUGCCCCCAAGUCCAUGGCAUACAUGCGGCGAAAGAUGGCUGAUCUGACUGGGAAGUCCGACAGCAUAUUCUGGAUAGGUGAGACGGGCUGGUCUUCCAAGGGCAGCGUUUCGUCAGAGAUGAAAUACUGCAAGAACUGGGCAGCACCAGAGAGUUUAGAAAAGUACUACGACAGCUUUCUCCGAUGGGACGGUAGCAUUCCAGGCCAGAGGCCUCCGGAUCAUGUGUUUUACUUCACUAUCCGAGACUCUCUCAACUUUGGGAACGCAGAACAGUUUGGAGUUAUCGAACAAUGUCACAUGGGUGAGUGCAAACUCCGGACAGCUGGAUUUGCUGCCACUUACACAAGCACUGAAAGCAUGACCUCGACGACGCUUGAAAAUUCUGCAAGCAGCUCUUCAACAACGCUGGACGUUUCGGCAAGCACUUCUUCAGGGCUGGAAACCUCCUCAGGCACAGCAACAACAGCCACAACAUCCACAUCCAACAACGGCACUUUGUAUAGAGGCGAUGGGUCAGAAGCAGAAGCAGAAUUGGCAGACUUGAGCAGCAGGUAUUAUUUACCAAUGUAUAGUUUUCUUUUGGCCCACCUUUGUCUGUGGUGA